CUAGUCAAAAAAAUUGAAAUAGAGACGAUUUGGCGCGCUUCGCGGCAAGUACGGCUGCCAUCUUGUAAAAGUGUCUCUGUAGUGUUUGGAAGUUCAGCGAGAAGGAACAGCAGCUUCGCCGGAGGCUGGAAGUCCUUUCAAAGCGGUCGCAACGCUCCUUGGCAGUCCCUGGGCACCCAGGUGACCCUCGAGCGAGGCCAGGGUACUCAAAAGCUGCUACGACGAAAAUUAGCAAGGCCAGCGGACUCACUUUACACGCCCGACUCUCGCGAAGAUGGCAGCUCUCUCGCCGACACCUCGCGUUCAAUUGACGGCUGGCUUUGGCCGUGAAUAUCGUCUACGAACUCGCCUCAUCGUCAACGAUAACGCGACGCAACGACGGCCUGACAGCGACGCAUAACCUGCCUCUCGACGACAGAAAGGGACCCUUCAAAGUCGUACCGGAUUAUAUGCGUCUUUUGUUUUUCUUUCCUAGUUCGCACUUCGUCACCGUCACGAUCCAAGCGGAGUCGUUAAAGCGGCUGCUUGAGACGGUCGGGUCACAUGCACGUGUCUGAAGGUAAGUUCGGCAUCAACGGGCGGUACAGAGGAGUCCAGCCCAUCUUCUAGCCCUGCUUCAGCCACAAGUCUGACCAUGGCAGCUCCAAAGUAUGGUACAUUGGUACCUAAUCGUAUAUUUGUUGGGGGAAUCUCAGCAAGUACAAGUGAGGCAGAACUUGCAGAACUUUUUUCUCAAUAUGGUACUGUGAAAGCUACAAAAAUAAUUGCUGAUCGUGCUGGAGUUUCAAAAGGCUAUGGUUUUGUCACAUUUGAAACUGAAGAAGAAGCUAAACGGCUUCAACAAGAGCCUGAAUGUAUUGUCCUAAGAGAGAGAAAACUUAAUAUAGCUCCUGCAAUCAAGAAACAGCCCUUCAACAGAUCAUUCGAUGGUGGUUCUGGUUCACCACCCUCUGUGCCUAGUAGUACUUAUUAUUAUGCGAAUGGUAUGGGUCUUACAUACCAGAAUGGUAUGACAUUCUACAAUGCAGCGGCACCUGCACCAGGAACUCCUAUAGCACCACCAGCAGAUCCUGCGACAAUUUAUCAAGCUACAGGUGUUUUUGGUCCUCAAGCUACUACUGGUCAUCAAACCUUUGCUCCAGUUAUGUAUCCAUGUCCAGCACCAUCUUUAUACAUGCCACAACAGUACCAGUAUCCACCCAUGCCGUACGAACCAUAUUACGCAGGAGCAGCUGCUGCUGGAGCUUCACCAUAUCUAUUUACUACCAGCAGUUCGCAGAGCAACACAAGUAGUGGUGGCAAUAAUAACAACAGUGGCAAUAAUGGUACAGGAGCAAAUAGUCCAGCAACGGGUCCACCGCCAACGCUCCCGUCUCUUCAUCCACCACCUCCUGCACACUUUUAUGCUCCUGCUGCACCACCACCACAUCAUCAUCCACCAGUGCCCACAGGACCGCCUCCGCCACAAAUGGAUCAUCUUUAUUACUCUUUUGCAGCUGGGCCACCUCCACCACCUCCUGCUCAUGCACCUAUUGGAUUGUCUGAUCAUCAACUACUUGUUUACUCCCCUGAUACUUCGUGUCAACAAACUACUACAUCAGACAAUCAAACUGCUCCGCAAGAGGAUUCACGUUCGACAUCAAGCCACUCGGAGCAACCACAUGGUGAAUCACAAGCUGCUUCAGGAUCAGCUACGCCUCUGGUAUCCCUAAUGCCUCUAAAAUUUCCUAUGUCCAGUCGUUACACCAAUUACCAUCCAAUCGCGAUACAUACUACUAAUUUACAUAACUCACAAACAUGUUUAAAUGAAGUAGAUGAUUGCAGUGCAAAUCAAAUGCAUUGUAGAGCUAUAGUUUAUCAUCCUGUUUACAUUCCUCAUACACAUCCACCACAAUUUCACAAUACUUCUGGUGGUGCCAGUCUUUUACCAACACCUCCAUCAAUUUCACAAUUUGAGUCAAGUACUAAAACACAUCUCAAUUCCAGAGAUUAUACCAAAUCAAGUAUAACAAUAACUCAAAGCAAUUAUGUUAAAUCUCAAAAUCAUAUAGCGGUAAUCAAUCCAAACACUUUUAGUAAAGCUCAAAGUGUAGGAAAUUCAUUGCCACAUAAGUAUACUAAUGUAGAUGGAACUCAUAAGUACGCAACCAUUGCUAUGACAUCUUCUCGAUUACCAGUUCAAUAUAGCAAACGAACUGCUGUUUCCAAUGUGGGCUCUCCGGCUUGUUUUUUGACACAAAAAUCUGGAAAUUACACUUCGAGUCAAAAUUUAAGCAAGCCUGGUAAUUUUGGAUCCAAUAUUAAUUUUAAUAAUCAAACAUACAAUCCAUCUAAUAAUAGUUCACAGAAGAUUGGAAAUAUGAAUAUAAAUCAAAACUUCGACUACGCGAAUGGACGUAAAAAUACGAACUAUAAUACAGAUCAAUAUUUUGACAACACGAUCGGAUAUAAAUCAACGAACUAUACCUCAGGUAGGAGGAAUGCAUCGAAUAAUUAUAGAACCACAGGUUCUGUAUCUGCUAAUCAAUUUGACAAUUUGAAUAGUAGCAGUCAAAGCAAUGAAUCUUCUACUAUGAGUCAAAUAGAUAGUACCACCUCUUCACAGGGUUUGCAAACAACAGAUUCAACAAGUUCAGAUAAGCCGGCGAGUCCACCGCCAGCACCAUACUCCCCCAUGACUCGACCCCUUCCAACUUUAUCACCACCCACCCCUCAGGUCCCGUAUUAUCCACCGGCUCAAAACCGUUAUCAACCCUCCCUGCCAUCUCAGCACCAGCAGCAACAACAGCAGCAACAAUCUGGCCAACGUCGGUAUACAGUAGCUCCAACAUUGUCUACAAAUAGGAAGACAACUGAAAAAUAUUCGAAUGCUAAUUCGCAAACUAUGUUGCGGCAAAGCAAAUAUAAGGUGAAUAGUAUAAUACAAUCAAGUGGUAAAGUAUCCGAAGAUAGCUUGGGAGGUGCAGGUGAUGCUCCUCCUGCUGUUGGUAGAAUGCCUAUUACACCACCAGGCACACCCCAAACGCAUCCAGCUCAUUCUACAGGGGAUCAGAAUCAGUUGAGCGAUACAUGCCAUCAGAUACAAGCUCUGACCCUCUAAGAACUUUCUUUCACAUCUAUAUUUGCUUUCUUAUUCAUUUGAAAUCAUAUGAUCUGAAUGUCGGCCAAAAAAAUUUGCAUGAUACUGCAUGAGUAUGCAUUGUUAUACAAUUUCUCUUGUGAUCUCAGUCCUAAAUCCAAAAAGUAGACAUUCAAACUGUAAAUUAAAUUCUUCAUAUAUAAAAUAAAAACUUUAUUAAAUUAUUAAGCGAGCGAGCGCGUGUGGAUAUGUGUGCAUACAUAUUAAUAAAACAAAACAAUAUAAUACAACAAAUAUACAUACAUACAUAGAUACAUAGAUACAUAUAUAUAUAUAUAUAUACGUACAUACAUACAUACGCAUAUAAAAGCAUUCAACACAUAGAUACACAGAUGAAAACAAAAUUAUUAUUAGUAUGAAACACAUAUACACGAUAUAUAAUAUGUAAAUAUAUACAUAAAUGUAUUUAUAUGCAUGCAUACAUGCAUGUACAUCUAUGUAUAUAUAACAUUUAAUAUAAUAUAUAUAUAUAUAUAUAUAUAUUGAAGAUGACAGAUAUAAUUAGCGUUAAACUCAAAGUCAGUUAUAAAUUAUCUUUUAAAAGAGUCAAAUAUUAAUGAUAUAAACAUUAUAUCUUAAUAGAUACUGAUAUAAUUCAUCAUUUACAUCCAUAUUAUGCAGUAUUUGACGUUAUGCGUGAUAGGCUCGACAAACAUGAAUCUCACGAGCAUGGCUAGAGUAGUUAGAUGGAUAAGCAAAAAAAGAUAGAAACAAAUAAUUGUUAUCGUACAAAGAUGAGCGAUUUGUCAUGUGUUCAAAAAGAAAAAACAGAGGGGUAAUAGGGAGGCAAAUAGAAUUCAUUUCACAACGGUUGCUCAAGGCACUGCCACAUCUGUGUUUCUUUUUCUACCUGAAGUGGUAUCGUACUUAUAGUUUAAUUAGAGUGACCGUGAAUGUUCUCACGCCUUUUAAAAUAGAGCGGACACAAAUUCGUUAAUUUUUUUUUUCGGUAAAUUUCCGCGCAAACAUCGUAUAUUUAGCAGUUAAAAAAUAUUAAAGUGAAAUGCCCUGUGCCCAACGAAUAAGAUAAAAUACUAAAAAAAAUAAUGAAUUAAAAAAAUGUGUCGGCUGUGAGCUUCCAAGCAAAUAACAAUAAUUAAAUUAUUAUAAUAUAAAAAGUUAAAUAAUAUUCUACCUAAUUGUUAUGAACGUAAAUUUCUUUUAUCUAUAAUGAGAAAUUUGUUAUCUCAUAUCUCGCAUAUUAUAGCUAUUAUUAUCUAUUUAAAAACGUGAACAGGAAAUGUUACACCGAAGGUUCGUACGCUGUGAUGAUAUAGAGAUAUCGCGGCACGUAGAGGAAAAGUUAAAAGACAUCAGACUGUAUUUAGAUGACACAUCAAGGCCUAGAGUAUGUAGAACUUGUGAGUCGUUACAAAGAAAUUAAUUUAUUAAAAAGCAAGAGUGCCUUCUAUUUGUUUUCGUAAUUGUAUUGUUGAACAUUUGUUGCGUUACGUUCCAAGAGCCUCUAAUGUUGUUAUAAGAAAAAAAAGAUGUUUGAAGAUUGUUGUUCCUCUAUUUAUUUAUUGAUUUAUGGGCUGUAAAGUCCAACAACGCUCAGCGAAUUUGGAAGUGCGAAAGUAUGCUGUUAGGUUGGUAUUAGAGAACAUUAAAAAAAUGAAAAAGAAACAAGAAAAACAUACUAAAAUGCAACAGCCAAAUUGUAGGACCCCUGAUGGUCGUACGAAUGAUUCUAGAAAAAGAGCAGCACAUUUCGGCACCUAUUUCUAUGUAUAAUACACAGAAGAUAUCCCAGCAAUAUACAUAUGCAUAUAUAUAUAUAUACAAAAAAAAUAUUAUAACAUACCGAAGGUAUUUAAAAUAAGUGCGACAAAUGCGUAUCUUAAGUGUGCGUGUGCGCGAAUUUGGACAGGUGGCUGUGACUACUGUGUGCAAGUACAGAUUUGUAUGUAAGCAUUCGUGUGCUAGUGUGUCGGUUCACACACACGCAUAUUUCAUAAAUAUAUAUAUAUAUAUAUAUAUAUAUAUA